AUGGGGAUAACUUGUUCUGUGGCCAAACUACUUUUAUCAUCUGAGUUCAGUGAUUCCUUUGUGUUUCAGGCAAUAUAUGAGCUUUAUCAAGGUGAAAAUGAUCUGGUUGAAGACUUGACCAUCGUUAAAAAGACAUAUCGUGAUUCUAUGGAGAAGUUACAACUAAUGACAGCUUGGGAACUAAGCCAGAUAUUUGGUCCCAUUGACAUGCUUAUUCCUAUUCAUGAAGAGCUUGCGUGUGGUUUACAGAACCAGAGACUACCAGAUGGCACGACCCGAGAUGUGGGAGCUCUCCUGGUGGAGUGGGUACAGAAACUGAAAGAGUAUGUUCCAUUCUGUGCCAACCAGGUGUUUGGGAAGGCUAUGUUGGAUGAGAAGAAGAAUGACCCAGUGGUAGAUGAUUUCCUACAGAGGUGCCAGGAUUCUCCUUUCAGUCGCAAACUUGACCUGUGGACUAUGUUAGAUGGUGCCAGAGGGAAGUUUAUGAAAUAUCCUUUAUUGCUGAAAGCCAUUCAUAAAUAUACUUGUGACACAGACGAGGAUAAAGAAUAUCUACAAGAAUCGGUAAGAUAUAAAACUUAA